AUGACUACCACUUCUGAUUCCUCUAACAACAACUCUUCCCCAAAAUCAUCUGGUCAUACCGACCCUCCUCCUCCACCUACCACUCCUACGCCGAUUCACCCUGCUCUCACUGUCCCAAAUAUUACUAAUUUCAUCAAGAUUACUCUGAGCAUUGAAAAAGCCGCAGAUCCCUCUCUCAAAACUACCGAUCCACAUUCAUGGCUUCGUCUCGACGUUGUCGUUUUGCAGUGGAUAUAUGGAACAAUCUCCGUUGUUCUUCUAAAGACUAUCAUCGAACAUAAUUCCACCGCUGAAAUCGUGUGGAAUCGCUUAUUCGGCAUCUUUUAUGAUAACAAGAAUUCCAGGGCUCUCUACCUAGAGCAAGAAUUUUCGCAAACUCAUAUGGAGCAAUUCUCUGAUGCUUCCUGA